AAGAUAAAGGAUUAGUAAAGUAAGGUGACGAGUUCUAGAGAGAGAAACAUUUUUUAGAGAGAGAAAGUCCCGUGCUCAUUUUUUUUGAAGUUUUAGAGAGAGAAAGCGAAAGGCAAACGGAAUCGAAGAUCUCCACAAAAUUAGAGCUCGAAACCCUAACCGUCUCUUUCUUUCUCUCUCAAUAAAUCUCUACCUUUUACACUGUGUGUGUUUGGCGAUGUGUAGAUACAUGAUUCUGUAUGUAUAGGUUUUUAGAUCGUGAAAGAUUCGAUAAAGGUUCGUGCUUUACCCUAAUUUAUUGUGGUUUCUACGCUUUUUUUCCCCCUAAUUGAAUUUCUAUGUCUGUGUUUGGGUUGAUUUGGGAGUGAAAUUAGGAUUUUUCUCUGGGGUUGUGGUUAUAUUGGAAACCCUAAUUUUUGGGGGUUUAGGGGAAUUUUGAGGAAAUUAGGGUUUUGAAAACGGGAUUGAGAGGAAAUUACUGUUUUGAAGGGGAAAGUUAGGGUUUUGAGGUGGUACAUGUAUGGCUUCUGAGAGUGUAGUAGGAGAAGGAGGAAAUGGAGGAGAAGUUAGGGAGAAACAAAGGUAUGCAGAGAAUAAGGUUUAUACCCGAAAAGCCUUUAAGGGACCCAAAAAGAACAGCCUCAUCAACACCGUUGUCACCACCACCACCACCACUGAUAACAACAGUAACACAAAUAUAACCACCACUACCACAGAAGCCGCUGGUGAAAAUAACAUCAACACCACAACAACCACUGCAACUGCCACAACUGAAACUGCGACUGCUCUAACCAUCGCCUCUGCUGUUGCAACUGAAACCGCAGCCGCAACUAAAACCACCUCCACUGCAGCUAAUGAAACUGCAACUGGGAAUGAAACAAAUGACAAGGAGAACUACGAGAAGGACUUGGUUGAAGUGCGAGAAUCAGAACCUGUAGCAAUUGAAGACACAUAUACUGCCCAGCAAGUGCAACAGCCUGUUUCUCACUCAGUUGUAGUUUCAGAUGAUUCUACCAGACUAAAUAGGCAGGAAGUUCAGGAGGUGGUUCCCAGUGUGAGAGAGCAAGUUGUGGAGAGGGAGCUGCAUGUGGGGAAUGGGGUGCUGCUGAAGGAAGGGAUGGAUAAUAGGGUGAAGGUGGACUUGUUAUCGCGGUCGAAGCAGGAGAAGAGGGAGCUCAGAAAGAAGUUGGAGAGUGAGCUGGAAUUGGUGAGGAGUUUGGUGAAGAAAAUUGAGGCGAAAGAAUUGCAGCUCAGUGCUGUUAGGCUGAAUCAUUCACGGGUGGUGCUGGUAAAUGAUGGGGUGGAUAGAAGAUUGAGGAGGGUUAAUUCAGAAGUGGGAUCAGUGGGUGUUCCCCGUGAGAGCACAACUCCUAUUCUUACUCCUACUCCUAGGCAGUCUAGGCCUUUGAAUCAGCUCAGUAUAUCUGUUCUGGAGAAUAGCCAGGGCAUGGGUGAGUUUGUGGAGAAAGAGAAGAGGACACCAAAAGCAAAUCAGUUCUACAGAAAUUCAGAGUUUUUGCUUGCAAAAGACAAGUUUCCACCAGCUGAGAGUAAUAAGAAGUCGAAAUUGAAUGGGAAGAAGCAAGGGGCAGGGGAAUCAGGGUUUGGGUUUGGGACAGGCACUAAGAUGUUCAAGAAUUGCAGUGCUUUGCUUGACAAACUGAUGAAGCAUAAGCAUGGUUGGGUGUUUAAUACACCUGUUGAUGUGAAGGGUCUUGGUUUGCAUGAUUACUUUACCAUUAUCAAGCAUCCAAUGGACUUGGGCACAGUGAAGUCCAGGCUGACCAAGAAUUGGUACAAGUCCCCGGAAGAGUUUGCAGAGGAUGUGAGACUUACAUUUCACAAUGCUAUGAAGUAUAACCCGAAAGGACAAGAUGUUCACGUAAUGGCAGAGCAGUUAUUGGAUAUAUUUGAGACUAAGUGGGCUGUUAUAAAGUCGGAUUAUGAUCAUGAGAUGAGGUUUGCUUCCAGUUAUGAUGUGGGCAUUCCUACACCUACAUCAAGAAAGGCUCCUCCAUUUGUACCACCUCCUCUUGAUAUGUGGAGGAUUUUGGAUAGAUCAGAAUCAAUGACAUAUCCUAUUAUUGAUACGAGACCCAAACCCAUUACCACUACACCUUCUGGUAGAACCCCUGUUCCAAGGAAGCCCAAGGCAAAGGAUCCAAACAAGAGAGACAUGACUUAUGAUGAGAAACAGAAGCUUAGUGCAAACCUCCAGAGCCUACCUUCAGAGAAACUGGACAACAUUGUACAGAUAAUAAAGAAGAGGAGUUCAGCACUCUCCCAACAUGAUGAUGAAAUUGAAGUGGAUAUUGAUAGUGUUGAUGUGGAGACUCUGUGGGAGCUGGAUAGGUUCGUCACCAACUAUAAGAAGAGUUUGAGCAAGAAUAAGAGAAAAGCUGAGCUUGCCAUUCAAGCUAGAGCAGAUUCUCAGUUGAAUGUGCAGCAGAAGGUCUCAGCACCAGUUGUGGUGGAGGCAUCAAAAGAAACAAAAGCAGAUGAAAGGAAUGUCUCCACUUUGUCACCUAAUCACGUGGAGAAACUGGGAGACAAUGGAAGUAGGUCUAGUAGUUCAAGCAGUUCCAGCAGUGAUUCUGGAUCUUCAUCAAGUGAUUCUGACAGUGACAGCUCCUCAGCGUCUGGAUCUGAUGUAGGGAACUAAUUGAGUACUCAAGUAGUUCAGGUGAUCUCAGAAGUUUAGGGUAGAUGGCUAUCUCCAAAGUUGGUGGACAAUGCAUUCUGGAUUUGGAUUCUCAUGAGGAAUCUGCCUUUGGUGUACAGUAAAAUUCUCGAGGCUACGGAUUCUCCUGCCAGUGCAAAGUGUAGUUUGUCUCUCUUGUGGGAACUGGUUUCUUCAUGUGGCUUAUCUGUCUGCUCUUGCAUUUGUAUAAUACUCCCUAGAAUGUGGUUAUGAUAUAGAUACAGUGGUUUGUUUUCCUCCAUGUGUACAUGGCUAACUACUAGUCAUUUUAGUUCUAGCUACCUUGCCGUUGAUUUUGUGUUAGCAGAUUCAGGAUUCUUUGGUGCUGUAGAAUAGAUAGUCUGUAAUUCAAACUCAUGAAGUUAUAAUUACUUCUUAAGAAAUAAUUUUUUCUGGAGA